GACGUCAGCUCCGCAGUGCUCGGGUUGUUGAUGCUGCAUCACCGCCACACUGAGCCUGACAUUGAGCUGAGUUUGUGAAAUGCACCAUGGCAGCUGCAUCAUGCCUGGAUCCAGACCUGGUGCGAGAGGUGCUGGAGUGCCCCAUCUGCCUCGAAACGUACAAUCAGGACCAGCUCCGACCCAAAUUGCUCCAGUGUGGCCACUCGGUGUGCCGGCAGUGCCUAGAGAAGCUCCUGGCGAGCACCAUUAACGGUGUGCGAUGCCCGUUUUGCAGUAAAGUGUCCCGUAUGAGCAGCAUCUCCCAGCUGGCGGACAAUCUGACGGUGCUGAAGAUCAUCGACUGCGCGAGCUCGUGCGGCUCGGCGGCCGGCCUCAUGUGCAAGUCGUGCAAGAACCGGCUGCCGCGUCAGUACUGCUGCGACUGCUCCGUGGUGCUGUGCGAUGCCUGCAAAGUGGAAGGUCACGAGCAUCAAGGACACACCGUUCGGACCAUCCGUGCUGCCGCCGAACAGCGCCGGAAAGACCUCGGUGGACGGUUGGCGAAUCUUCGCGACUCGAUGGCUAACAUUCAGAAGAAGAAAACGGCUAUCGAUAGCGUUUCGAAAUCCCUGCGUCUGAAGUACAAAGUGGUGCAGCAGGAGUACGCGAGGGCUGAGCUGCAGCUUCAGGAGGAGCUCGGGCGAUCGCGCCGCGCCUUCGCGGCAUCCCUGGCAGAGGUAGAGAAGCUCAAUUCUCAGAUUCUUGAAGAGCAAAUGUACCUCCUGAACAUCGCUGAGGUCCAGGUGGUGUCUAGGUGUGACUACUUGACCAUGAGGAUCAAGCAGACAGACACCGCUCUUCUAGAAGAGGCAGGUGGUAACGACGAAGAAGAGCUGGAUGUAAAAAGCAAUAUACCCGUACUCCUAAAGCUGCAAGAACCUGAGCUGGUUAAAACGGAGAACCCGCAGUCGUUAGAUGUUGGGCAGCUGAUGACCAAGCAGUGUACCAUUAACACGGAUGAAGAUGAUGGUCACGAGUUAGCUGCUGCCGCCGCUGCCGCUGCUGCCGUCACUGUCACCGCCGCCCCUGUAGAUGUGUAUCGUGACGUUGAUAUGACGAGCACCGUAGAGGAAGCAGUUUGUGCUUCACCAGGCAGCUUCAAAUCCAAAUCCGUGGAUGGGGGUGGACCUGCGACAGGGGGAGCAUCCGGAGGUCAGUUUUGUCAGUUUGUAAAGAAGAUGGGGUGCAAAGGGAACCUCCCGGGUAUGUUUAACCUGCCAGUGAGCAUCUGCGUAACUCCUCAGGGGGAUGUUUUGGUGGCAGACCGAGGCAACUAUCGAAUUCAGAUCUUCAACCGUAAGGGCUUCCAGCGCGAGAUCCGCCGCAACCCGAGCAGCAUCGACAACUUUGUCUUGAGCUUCCUAGGCGCCGACCUUCCCAAUCUCAUUCCUCUGUCCAUCGCUAUUACCCCUCAGGGACUCAUCGGCGUCACGGAUAACUAUGAUAAUUCUGUCAAGGUCUACACGACGGACGGGCACUGCAUCGCCUGCCACAAGAACCAACUGAUCAAGCCAUGGGGGAUCGCCGCCAUGCCUUCUGGGCAGUUUGUCGUGUCUGAUGUGGAAGGAGGCAAGCUCUGGUGCUUGGCGGUGGAUCGAAACGUCGGUGUCGUGAACUACAACAGGUUGUGCUCAGCGGUCAGGCCUAAGUUUGUGACUUGUGACUCUUCGGGGACGGUCUACUUCACGCAAGGAUUAGGUCUGAACAUCGAGAACAGGCAUAACGAGCACCACCUGGAAGGAGGGUUCUCCAUCGGGUCGGUCGGGACAGACGGCCAGCUCGGGAAACAGCUCAGCCACUUCUUCGCCGAAACCGAGGAUUUCCGGUGCAUCACGGGAAUGUGCGUGGACGCCAACGGGGACCUGCUGGUGACGGAUAGCGGCCGAAAGGAAAUCCUGCAGUUUCCCAAAGAAGGUGGUUAUAACAUUCUGAUUCAGGAGGGACUGACGUGUCCCGUCGGAGUGGCCGUCACACACAAAGGACAGCUCCUGGUCUUAGAUUGCUGGGACCACUGUGUCAAGGUGUACACCUAUUUACAGAGGCGGCGCUCGUCAACCUGUUAAGACCGAACCUGGCUCGUCACUUUAAUUCGAUUCGAGGGCUGCGUUAUCUCUGAACUUUCAUUGGUCGGGUUGAAAGAAGUACGGACAGUCGAUUAAAAGUCUUUCACCGCUGCCGGCGAGAGAUCAGAAAAACAGCCCUGCUUUUACCCUCGUAUCUGCUUCUUUUUUUUUUUUUUCCCCCUCCCGGAAAUAUGGCACAACAGACGGCAAUAAAUUGACCAGUGUUGUCUUUUGAGUGGGAGUGUUUGUGAAAUCGAUAACGUGUACAAACGUUUUGACAUCCUGUGCAGCAUUCACGUUAAGAAGAAAGACCGUCACGGACAAAGUCAAAGCUUUUGACCGUCAGGUUGAAAUGCAUAAAGUGAACAUGUUUAUCCAUCAGUUAAUGAUUCCUGCUUGUGUCUUUUAUCUUUCUUUUUCCAUCAAACGAUACUUCUUCAAUAUCAAAGUGCCCUCUCGUAUCAUAGAGAACGUGUGUAGUUUUGUCAUUUCAGCAUAAAAAUAUUGAAAUACGGUGUCACUACGUCUGGUAUAAACCGAUCACGAUGAUGCCGUUAACGACUUCAUCACUGUAGCUGUAAACAAGUGUCAUAGUUACCAAAGGACUUCAGUAAGCAUGUGAUCACUGCAGUAGCUUGUAAAAUCACUGCGGAAAAUCAGACCCGCCAACCGCGAGGAAUUUUGCGUAGACGCUCUGCAUUGUAACAUCGGUGUACGUUUAACGUGAAUUAUCACUCAAAAAAAAAAAAUCUGCACCAAAAGAGCAGUCUCUUUCAGAUGAAACAAUCAACAUGUGACUCUCGAAUAGGUUUUAAUCUCGGAAGAUUCCAUUUUGGAAGCCACGCCCCUUCAGUCACAUUUUUUUCCCCCAACGCUCUCGUCUUGUAAAACAUGGGCUCGGUUUAUGCCCUGCUAAUAAAUGUACAGUGUUUGAGUUUAUUUACGUGAAAAUCUGUUGCUAUACUGUACAUUCGACUUGGCUAACGUUAACUUUAGCUAGCUGGGUCGUUUUACGGAGACCAGUGGAAAAUGUGAGCCAAAAAGAGAACAGGUGAAAAUGUUUCCCGAGGGAAAACAAGAUAAUUGGUAAUGCGAACCAUGAUUGAUUAGAAAUUAUUUUAAAAACGCUACGUGCUGUACCAAACAGCGUCGUCAUGAACAUCAUGAGAGAAACUUUUGCGUCUGCGUUGUUGUGCUCGUUCCCUUUCUUCGCCAAGACUACGCGUCAUUCCUUACCAGGUUUGGCAGGUCUGAAAAACGAACGCAGGACAAUAUAAACCGCCGUAUACAAUCCUACAGCAUUCAAGUGUCCUUGUCCUUGUUGACUUGUUUACGAGCAGGAAUUAUUAGGACUCGAUUCUUGAUCAAACGUAUAUGUAAGUAUAUGCACUUGCCAGUUUAUUUUGUACUGUAUGGAUUUGAGACGCAUCACAUCACCCGAGUCCUGAGUUGUGUUUGACAUCGAGAUAUUGAACGUGUGUGUAGCUUUUGUAAUGAUUUAACACAAUAAUGAAGAUAUUUAAAUAAAACCAGGGCAUCAUUAAAGAACAUAGCCAUGAAUCGGAACAAUCCGGAGCGAAGCUAAACUCUGUUUCGUUUAAUUAAAGUUCUGCAGUGUGACUCGUUGAAGUUUGGCGUGUCCCGAUAAACAAGUUUAACAUCGUAAAUAAGUCGUGUAAUAGCUGUGAAGCUGUAAUAAUGUCGGUAUUAAGAAUAAUAGACAAAAUGGCAAGUACAAUUCGGGUUGUUUUUAAAUUUGUAACUAUAUCCCGAGAUUUUUUUUUUUACACUUUAAUAAAACUCGUGUGGUAAAAAGUGUAACACUAAAUUUGGUCAAAAUGGUGCACUUAACUAGAUAAAUUUGACACCUGGGACGCACGUUAUAUUCAGAAAUACCUCCGGGAUGCAGCGCAUGGGGCGGUUGGGGUAUUUUGAUAAUGCAUCAAAAUCGAUCAGGACGUGCUGACUUUAAACCGAGUCAUGUUGAGUCUGGAAUGAAAGUGAUUUGAAAUGUUAAACUAUGACGUCAUCAUCUGGCCCAUAUCUUUAAAAAAAAAAAAAGAAUAAAUCUUCUUUUAAAAAAGAAAAAACAGGGUGCUGUAAACACACAUCUCAGUCCUUGACACUUACAACCUGACUGUGUUCUUGACGUUCAUCGACGUUGUGAAGUAAAUCUCUCCAGUACUUCAUUUGUGUGCAAUAAAUUCAGUCAUAAAAUUUC